CUUUUUGCGCGAGACAAGAAUGAAGUGAGUGUUUGCUGGGUGAUGUGUAGAGAAGGAUGUGUGCGGAGAUAUGAGGCAUUUUCGCGUUUUACUGGGACGCUGACAGCUUCUUCACUCUCAAAGAUGAACAGCUGCCAGUCGCUGAGCGCUCACUGGAAGAAGAACUGAAGUUAAAACACAGAGAAGCUCGUGUAGGAGGACAGCGUGUCUUUUCUUUUCUCGGUGCUCCCGUCGAAGCUGUAUGAGGUCUGUGAGUGCAGUGGCUCUUUGGGGAUGUGUAAAGUCUUCUGUUAUGCUGAAUGUGCUCAGCCUAUAGGAGCUGAAUUUUGGGCCUUAAAACACAAGUGUUUGUGUUGGGCGCAUAGUCGCCAUGGCUUUGGUUCAGGCCCUGCCCGUGCCCACUGAUCAUCCAGUCCAGUCCAGUGUUGAUAUCCAGCAGUGCCACUCUGUUUCACCAUCCACGGCCACCGGGGGCGCCAUGGGCUCCGUCAGCAGCCUGAUCUCAGGACGCACCUACCAGGAGCGCCACUGCCGUGCUGCCAGCGAAUUCAGCGCCAAAUGCCGCAGGUCCACACCAGCCACCAGCUGUUUCCGCCAGCAGGAGGGAACACUGCGCAGUGCUAGUUCCCAGGAGCAACUCCUCAACAACCAGCCUACCUUGACCUCCAACAAGUCCAGCACCCUAAUUGCCGCCAGCAACGGCAACUAUGGAUAUGUGAGUGAUGAGCUGGUGGGUGACUGGAACGACAACCAUGUGACGGCCUGCAGCCCGUGUAGUGACACAGAGGAGCCACGGGACAACCGGACCAUGAACGGCAACAUUGGGGGGCCUCCUCCCAAACUCAUCCCUGUCUCAGGCAAGCUGGAGAAAAAUAUGGAGAAAGUUGUAAUCCGGCCCACUGCCUUCAAGCCUGUAGUGCCCAAGAACCGCAACUCAGUGCAGUACCUCUCCCCACGGCCAGGGGGCAGUCUGUCUGAGAGCCAGGGCAGCCUCAACCUUUUACUACCAGGAGGUGGAGCAGGGCUGGUGUGUGCCGAAAAACGCAACUCGUACAGUGGAGGCCGCAAUGCUCGCAGCAGCCAGUCUUGCACCAUGUCAGACUCUGGCCGGAACUCUCUGUCUAGUCUGCCCACCUACAGCAGCACAGGAUACAGCUUGGGCCCCAGUGACGGGACGUCUGGACACCCAGAGCCCACACGGGCCAGCGGCAGCCAUGGCCAUUCAAACUCUGACAGCGGCCGCUCCUCUUCAAGCAAGAGCACAGGCUCCUUGAGUGGACGGGGCCAGCCACUAUCAGAUAGUGGGUCAUGUGGCCGGUCACCUGCCCCACCAGAGGGGUAUGAGGGUGUGAUUCGAGAUCUGGAGGAGAAGCUGAGAGAGAGAGACCUGGAACUGCAGCAGCUCAGAGACAACCUGGAUGAGAAUGAGGCAGCCAUUUGCCAGGUGUAUGAGGAGAAGCAGAAGCGCUGUGAGCAGGAGCUGGAGGAGCUGAGGCAGAGCUGUGCAUCUAAGAUGAAGCAAGCGCAACAGAAAGCACAGAGGGCACAGCAGGUGCUACAGCUGCAGGUCUUCCAGCUGCAGCAGGAGAAGAAGAAACUGCAGGAGGACUUUUCCCAACUACUGCAGGAGCGCGAGACUCUAGAGAAGAGGUGUGCCUCUAUUGAGAGAGAGCAGACACAGCUGGGCCCCCGACUGGAGGAGACCAAGUGGGAGGUGUGUCAGAAGUCAGGAGAGAUUUCCCUGCUGAAGCAACAGCUGAAGGAUGUACAGGCAGACCUGGGCCAAAAGGCGGCAGAGAUUGUGGCCCUGAAGGCCCAGCUGCGAGAGGCCCGCUCUGAGCUGCAGGCCAGCCAGGUGCGCUCGCAGGAGGCCCAUGCGGCGGCCCGCACCCGCACACUGGAGCUGGAGGUGUGUGAAAAUGAGCUGCAGCGACGCAAGAGCGAGGCUGAGCUGCUGCGGGAGAAGCUGGGCCGUCUAGAGGAGGAGUGCAGUCGGCUGAGAGCUGCCCAGGUGACCCUGCCCAUCUCCAAGGGUCAGUGCAUGAGCCUGCCUCUUCCCCUCCCCCAGGGCCGUAGCCCUGCCUUCCGAGAAGGAGAGGAACAGCUGCUUGCAUACGAGAGUGACGAGGCUAAGGCUCAGCGGCAAAGCAGCGAUGUGCUACACACACUCCGUCAGCAGGUGGAGCGGCUGCGGGCCGAGCUGCUGUACGAGAGAAGGCGCGGUCAGGAGCAGCUGGAGGCCUUUGACGAGGAGCGGCACGUGUGGCAGGAGGAAAAGGACAAGGUGAUCCGCUACCAGAAGCAGCUGCAGCAGAACUACAUCCAGAUGUACAGGCGCAACCGCGAGCUUGAGCGAGUCAUGAGGGAGCUGAGUCUGGAGCUGGAGAACAGGGACAUGGAGGAAUUCGACAUGCGUAACAAUGACAUCCACUUUGAGGAGAUCACAGCCACUGAGAUUUAGCACACACCUAACCCUUCCCCCAUCACUCUGACCCCUCAGAUCAGGGGUGUCAGACUUCAGUCCUGGAGGGCCACGACAUUGAAGUUUACUAUUCUGUUUCCUGCCUGCAAAAUGCCUGUUUCAAUACAUAUUAGCAAUGUCUUUAUUAGUUGAAUUCAGUGUGAAAAAGGGGAAAGCAUUAAUCUCACCAGGACCUGAGUUUGACACUUCUGCCUUAGAUUGACCUUAAAGACAGAUCACCACAGCAAAUGCAAAAACAUCAAUUAUGCUUUUCCAAAGUUUAACCAGAGUGUAAUGGAUAUAUAGGCUACAUAGUCCUCAACAGUAUCUUACAAAAAAUCAACUUUCCAAGCAUGUUAAUGCACAUAUGUUCAGAGUCAAUGUUAGAGUCAGUGCUGUACCAGAGAAACAGGAAGAUCUGCUGUUUUCUUUGGUAGAGUUUCAGAAUGACAUGGCUAUUCUCCUGUUUGCUCUACUGCCACUCAGUCUGGAUCUGCAGUUCUUCUUAUCAUGUAAUGGACUCAUAUCAUGUACUGUGUUUGGACACAGUAACAGCACUAAUAGGAGAGGGGAACCUGCACUAAUGGACUUCUCUGUACUGGCAUUAAUAUUGAUGUCAUGGAACUCUUAAGCGACAUCCAGGGAAAACUCUUCAGUUUCUGUCCUGAGUAUUAGAGUGCAAGUCAAAUCAGGACACUUACUGCAGUUAGUGCAUUAACUCAAAGUUUUUCUCACCAAGGCAUCUAAUGUGUCAUGACACCCUAUUGAUAGCUGUUAUCAUAUAGAGGCCAGAGAAUAACAUCUUUCCUAUUCUCGCAAUGCUCACUGGUUCCUCAGCAUCCAGAUACUAAUCACUUCAUCUAGAAGUACUAUUUUUCUAAGUAGAGCUCUAAAAAUACAGCCAAUUUCUAUUUUUUGCCUGUCUUUUCUUCAGACCCUAAUGUAAUGCAAAAUAGUGCAAAACACUGCAGUGCACACGCAAUGUAGAGUGAAUAGCAUGUGUGCAUGGUACAGUAGCAUUCUGUCUGGAGAUCGUAUUUAUAGUGAUCUCUCUAGAGACACGAUGUCUAGAUAAGACAUCACAAGGUCACAUACUGCUCCAGACAGCAGUGACUUCUCCCACAGUGGGUGGAGCCACUGCUUGUAUUAGUAGCAUAGAUCAUGUAUGCAUAAAUAUCAACUACAGUUUCCCAAAUACUAAUUAAAUAUUUGUGGUCAUAAAAGAAGGGAUAUAUAUACAUAUAUACACUAUAUAAACUUUGAUGUUUUUAGAGAACAGACUCUUUAAAAUAAAUGUGAAUGGAAUAUCAAAUAUAUAUGAUGUAUAUUUUUAUACAUAUACAUAUAUAUAUAUAUAUAUAUAUAUACAUAGCACCUCAAGCUAUUUUGUGGUAACACAGGUUACUUUGUGGAUUUACCAAUUCUGUAUCUCAUAUCCUUUAAUAAUCCAGUGGAGGGAUCAUUUGCCAUCAGCACUUCAUAAGGUACUUUUCAGUGACUGCUCACAGUUCUACAGUAUUCACACAUUAUUUGCAAAUUGCACUCUUCUGUUAUGGUUUCUGACAUUAGACUAAGCUGACUGAAAAAAACUAAAUUUUAAAGUUUUAAAGUGCCAAAUGUUACAUGCCACAAACACUGCUUAUUUUGUAUUUUCAUAGAAAUUAUAUUACAAGCAGAUCAGUCAUCGUGCUGAACCUUACUGCUCAUCGCAACUGACUCUCCAUUAUACCAUUUUAGCGUAGCUGCUUCACUUGCAUCAUAAUGUACGUAUAGUCUCUGUUCAAAACAGCCAAACAGACCAGCAUUAAUCAGAAUGUUCUUGUUCUGCUAGUUUACUCAGAAUUGCAGGUCUGGUCAUAUCCUCACCAUGAAACCUUUCAUUCAGUAAAUUCUUAUGUUAACCACAGUCUAAAUGUAGCUCUACAUCCACACUGCCUGAGACUUGUAUUUCUGUUCAGACAAAGAAGCACUAGGAUUGGACGAGGGGAAAUAGGUGCUCUCAACCUGAUCAGACUGUUAACUUUGUUGUAUACUUCUUCAGUUUUAUAGCAGUACCGUCCUGCUGCACAAGAUUGGAGAGUGCGUAAAACAGAACGCCCUCCUUCAUUUUUAGUGCUUUUUUCCUUACAUUUAUUACUGUAUCAUAGUCAUGACUAAAACACACAUGUAAAUAUUCCUAACAUUGUAUACAGUGAUAUAUUCUAGUCUAUAUGCAGACGAAAGUAUCUAUCUCAAAGGUGUAGCCACUGUGAAUAGGCCAAAGCAAAGUAACAUUUUGUUUUAAUUUGUUUUUUCUCCAUGUAUGUUUGUUGUUUCCUUUGUCGAUUCAUGGUGUUUGUAGUCACUCAUGUAUAUUUCAUGCUGUACAUUUCUUGUAAAGAAACAGUGUUUUUAAUUAAAAAAAACAAGGUCACAAGUCA